ACGUGGUUUAAAAACUUCAGUAGGAUGGCGCGGGAAGUUGUCACAGUGUUGCUUUCAUUCCAUACAAAGUUGUGUUUACAUUUUCCUCGUGCGAUACGGACUCUCUGGUAAGUUACCGUCAUUUAGACCGGUGUGGGUUCCGUUCCACUUUUUCCCGUAGACGUCCCGGUGCGCAACCGCUGUCCGUUGCGUCACCCCACACCGCACUGCCGCUAACACUGCGUUACCGUGACGGCUGGAGACGAACGGAACCAGCGUUUGAAGAGCCCCUUGUAGCCACCAUGGAGGUGAAGUUCAUCGGGGACGGAGACGCUCUGGAGCACAUCGUGGACAAACAGGAGGAUGUGCAGAGCAACAGCGGGUCCGUUCAGAAGAUGGUGACGUUUAAGGGCUCCGCUGGUCGACGAGCCCGAGAGGACGCAGAACACGUUGGGGACGGACCCGGAGUCCUUGACGAGCAGAACUAUGUCCAAGCUCUGGGGACCGACAACGCAGAAGAAGAUGACGAUGGUAUGUACAGAGUGGCUGGGUCCUCCAUGUUCACCUUUCAGAAAGCCAAACGUGGACACAGCAUGGCCCAGACUGCAAGUGAAUUGGCUCGGACUCCUGGGAAAAGCGUGACCUUCAGCACGACCCCCAACAUUGAACCCUCGACUCCCACCCGAAGAGGGAGCAACCACAGAGGAGGAAGCAGGACGCCACAGAGGAGCAAGAAGGUUCAGUUUGUCUCCACGACACCCCACAGGCUCAGGAAGAGAAUGACAACUCCCAGCAUUCGGUCAGACAGCGAUAGUGAGCUGUCGUCCUCCGACUCUGGAGGGGAGGAGGAGGAGGAGGACGACGACGACGACGACGACGAUGUGAUGGAGGAGGAGGAAGAGGAGACGAAAGUAAAGAAGGAGGACAAGGAAAACUUGAAGACUCUAAGAACGCCCAGUAAAGGUUCAUCUGCAGCACUCUACAAGACUCCUGCCAAGAAGAGCAAGACCACAUCGGAAGCCCCUAAUCAGCCCAGUAUGGUUGAGGAGUAUUUUGAAGCCCAUGGCUGUUCAAAGGUCUUGACAUCAGACCGCACCCUGGAGCGUUUACACACCCCUAAACUGGACCGGGAGACUUUGGUCCAACUUUUGGACGGAAAACCGUCCUGCUGCUCGAAAGAGAUCCAGCAGCUCCACAGCAAACACCGAAAGCACUUUAGCAAAUGGAUGUUACAGUUACAGUUGGGAUUCAGUGUGCUGGUCUACGGUUUGGGCAGCAAAAAAUCUCUGCUGGAGGACUUCCGUGUGUCUCACUUGGCCGAGGAAAUCCACCUCGUGGUCAACGGAUUCUUCCCCUCCAUCACUCUUAAAUCAAUUUUAAAUGCUCUGACAUGCGAGGUUCUAGAGCAUCAGGGAAGUUUCCGGACUCCCUCGGACCAGAUCCAGUACGUCGCUCAGACCCUUAAAGACAGCCCAGAUCUCCAUGUGUACCUGCUGAUCCAUAAUAUAGACGGCCCAAUGCUGCGAGGAGAGAAGACCCAGAGUGCACUAGGGCAGCUGGCAUCCCUGCCCAACCUGCACUUGGUGGCGUCUUUAGACCACAUAAACGCUCCAAUGGUGUGGGACCAGUUUAAGCAGAGCCAGUUUAACUGGCUGUGGUGGGAGUGUGUGACCUUCCAGCACUACGCAGAGGAGACGUCGUACGAAAACUCGCUCCUGGUGCAGCAGACCGGCGCCCUCGCUCUGUCCUCCCUUACACACGUGCUGCGCAGCUUGACCCCCAAUGCAAGAGGAAUUUUCAAACUGUUGGUGAACUUCCAGCUGGAAAACAAAGAUAACCCUUCAUACACAGGAUUGUCCUUCCAAGAUUUCUACCAGCGUUGUCGAGAGGCGUUCUUGGUGAACUCUGACCUCACGCUGAGGACUCAGCUGACUGAGUUCCGAGACCACAAACUGAUACGGACACGCAAGGGUGCAGACGGUGUGGAGUACUUGGUCGUUGCUGUGGACGCGAGCACAUUGAUGGACUUCCUGGAGAACGAAGAGGGCGACUGAGAAGAAAAGGCUGACUUGUAAUCGCUUGUCGUUCAUCCACCGACUUAACCAGUUAGGUUAAUGAUUGAAUUGGUCACUGAUGUGUAUAUAAAGGCCCGGGUCCAUCUAAUCAACUUAAGACGUGAGCCCAGCUGUCAGACUGUGCAGUUUUGAAAUUAAUGGUUUCUAAUUAUUGGUGAAAUGUUUUCACUUCCCCCAUCAUAGCUCUGGGACAUUCACGUCUUGUGUUUUGAUGUGUACAUUUUCAAAGCUAACACCUGUGUAAUUAAAAUCAACACUUGAGUAAAUUA